AUGGAAAACUCUUCUGACACCUCGGCUCUGUUCGUGUCGUCCAUCUCCAAAGAGCACGACGUCCUGAUGGGAGCCGUCUACACCGUUUUCUGCGUCUUGUCUCUAACAGGAAACGGUGUCCUGCUCCUUGUGGCGUAUCAGAAACGAUCGACCUUGAAACCGGCAGAAUACUUCAUAAUUAACCUCUCCAUCAGCGACCUUGGGAUGACACUGUCCUUGUUCCCGUUGGCCAUCCCCUCGUCUUUUUCGCACAGGUGGCUGUUUGGGGAGCUCGUCUGUCAGCUUUACGCCGCCUGCGGAGUGCUGUUCGGUUUGUGCAGUUUAACCAACCUCACGGCACUUUCUUUGGUCUGCUGCGUUAAAGUGUGUUACCCCAACUACGGAAACAAGUUCUCCUCGUCCCACGCCUGCCUCCUGGUGGCUGCAGUGUGGUGUUACGCCUUCAUCUUCGCCGUGGGGCCGUUGGCACAGUGGGGGCACUACAGCGCUGAACCUUAUGGCACCGCCUGCUGCAUCGACUGGCACGCGCCCAACCACGAGCCCUCCGCCAUGUCUUACAUCCUCUGCCUCUUCCUCUUCUGCUACGCCCUGCCCUGCUCCAUCAUCUUUGUGUCAUACACGUUUAUUCUGCUGACGGUGGGGGGCUCGCGUCAGGCCGUACUCCAGCACGUGUCGCCGCAGACCAAGACCGCCAACGCUCACGCCCUCAUCAUCAAGCUGUCUGUGGCGGUCUGCAUCGGUUUCCUCGUGGCGUGGACCCCCUACGCCGCCGUGGCCAUGUGGGCUGCUUUCGGCGACGCCCUGCUGGUUCCUCCCAUCGCCUUUGCCGUGGCCGCUCUGUUCGCCAAGUCCUCCACCAUCUACAAUCCCCUGGUCUACCUGCUCUGCAAACCCAACUUCCGCCAGUGUUUGUGUAAAGACUCGACCACGUUACGUCAGAGGAUUUCAGGAGGGAGCCCGCAGUCCGACCCAAAGGGGUACUCGGGCGCCAACUUACCGCGUCAUAAGGACCCCCGUCUGCCCGAUCGGUUUUCAAACGGACAACAGCAGGAGUCUGGGGCGUGUCUCUGCAGCUCGGACGGGACGGCGGCGGCGGCGGCGGGUGAUGUGGCUCCACCCAAAAGAACAGCCUGCGUCCUCACGGGCUCCUCGUGCACGGAGGUGAUGCUGGGGCAGGACUCCGCCCACAUCUCCCAGGGGGCCUUUCUAUAA